AGUGUGUGAAGUAAAGGGAUUAAAGGCUAGUCUCAGGCUGGGGAUGGCUCCUGUCUAUUUCUUCUCUCUCAGACACUGCAGAUGGCUUUUCCCUGCCGCAGGUCCCUGACUGCCAAGACUCUGGCCUGCCUCCUGGUGGGCGUGAGUUUCUUGGCACUGCAGCAGUGGUUCCUCCAGGCUCCAAGGUCCCCGCGGGAGGAGAGGUCCCCGCGGGAGGAGAGGUCCCCGCAGGAGGAGACGCCAGAGGGUACCACCGACGCUCCCGCGGCUGACGCGCCGCCCUCGGAGCUCGUCCCCGGAUCCCCGUGCGUGGCGAACGCCUCGGCGAACGCCACGGCCGACUUCGAGCAGCUGCCUGCACGCAUCCAGGACUUCCUGCGGUACCGCCACUGCCGCCACUUCCCGCUGCUUUGGGAUGCACCGGCCAAGUGCGCCGGGGGCCGAGGCGUGUUCCUGCUCCUGGCCGUGAAGUCGGCGCCUGCGCACUACGAGCGACGCGAGCUCAUCCGGCGCACGUGGGGGCAGGAGCACAGCUACAGCGGGCGGCCAGUGCGCCGCCUCUUCCUAUUGGGCACCCCGGGCCCCGAGGACGAGGAGCGCGUGGAGCGGCUGGCGGAGCUGGUGGCGCUGGAGGCGCGCGAGCACGGCGACGUGCUGCAGUGGGCCUUCGCGGACACCUUCCUCAACCUCACGCUCAAGCACCUGCACCUGCUCGACUGGCUGGCUGCGCGCUGCCCGCACGCGCGCUUUCUGCUCAGCGGCGACGACGACGUGUUCGUGCACACCGCCAACGUAGUCCGCUUCCUGCAGGCGCAGCCACCCGGCCGCCACCUGUUCUCCGGCCAGCUCAUGGAGGGCUCCGUGCCCAUCCGUGACAGCUGGAGCAAGUACUUCGUGCCGCCGCAGCUCUUCCCCGGGUCCGCUUACCCGGUAUACUGCAGCGGCGGCGGCUUCCUCCUGUCCGGCCCUACUGCCCGGGCCCUGCGCGCGGCCGCCCGCCACACCCCGCUCUUUCCCAUCGACGACGCCUACAUGGGCAUGUGUCUGGAGCGCGCCGGCCUGGCGCCCAGCGGCCACGAGGGCAUCCGGCCCUACGGCGUGCAGCUGCCUGGCGCGCGGCAGUCCUCCUUCGACCCCUGCAUGUACCGCGAGUUGCUGCUGGUGCACCGCUUCGCGCCCUACGAGAUGCUGCUCAUGUGGAAGGCGCUGCACAGCCCCGCGCUCAGCUGUGACCGGGGACACCGGGUCUCCUGAGGCCAGUUGGGCGGCUUCAGCCCCGGGCCUCCACCCAUGACGGUGUCCGUGCUGAGAAGGCAGGCAGCUUUCCCGCUCUGGGUACCUUACGUCCUGCCCAGCUCUGUGCACCUGAACCCCAGCUGCGCACUGAAAUCAGCUGGGGUGGGGGGUGUGGAAAAUGCCUACAGCCUGGCUCCAUCUCCCGAAGUUUCGAUUUGAUUAGUCUGGGGUGGACCCAGACGUGUUAAGUAUUUUUUAAGUUCCUCCAGUGAUGCGAAUGGGCAGCUAGGCCUGGGGACCACUCGGCUAGACUAUCUGUUCAUCCUCGCAAACCCAGCUCCACCGCCCUCUCUGCAAGACUUCCUGGCACCUAGCUCCCACACUCGGGUCCUCGUGAGCAGUGGAGCAAGGGAGACCUGGGAGCGUGGGAGCCAGGAUCAGCGUCCCCUGCCAUGUGCCUACAAAUGUCAGUUGUGAUUUCCACUGUUUACAAGUGAGUGGAGCUGGAGCUGGGCUGACAGUGUCAGGUGGAUCCCGCUUCCCCCUCCCCCAAGAAGUAAGCCAGCACGCAAUUGAGACGCAUGUGGUGGCCUUCUUCCCACGGUAUACACCGUGAGGUAGAAAUCUUCACCGUGCAAAGUGGAAACCAGAGGCCCGGUCAGACAUUGACUAAUCCAGGGCCAUGGCAUUCCCAGACAGCACACCACUGUGGUCCCCUCCACACUCACCCCAACCAAAGCUAAUGGCCUGGUUGGGUCCUGCCCGCCAAUACUCACCCCCACGGGUCAGAGACAGGCUCCUUGCCGGGGUCUGGGCCUCAGGGUCAGUGGGCCUUGGGCAACCCAGCAGGGAGUUCCGGGGAGUCCGAAGUAGAGAAACGCUGGUGGGAACAUGGAGGCCAGUGUUGGGGAGCCUGUGGAGGCAGGUGUGUAGAAUUGUGUUCGGGAGGUGGGGGAUCUGAGACCGAAGUGGACAGUGGUUAAGAUUGUGGGGCCGGGCGAGGUGGCUCACGCCUGUAAUCUCAGCACUUUGGGAGGCCGAGGAGGGCGGAUCACGAGGUCAAGAGUUCGAGACCAGCCUGGCCAAUAUGGUGAAACCUCUUGUCUAUUAGGAAUACAAAAAAUUAGCCGGCCAUAGUGGCUCGUGCCUGUAAUCUCAGCUAUUUGGGAGGCUGAGGCAGGAGAAUCGCUUGAACCUGGGAGGCAGAGGUUGCAGUGAGCCGAGAUCGUGCCACUGCACUCCAGCCUGGGCGACACAGAAAGAUUCCAUCUCAAAAAAAAAAAAAAAA